UGUGUUUUAUUGUUGUGUGUGUUGACUCAGGUCCUGGUCCUGCUCGCUCAGCCUCCAGCUCCGGUUGUCGCCAUGGUGCAGAUGAUGGAGUCGCAGUGCGAGUAUUUUAUGUAUUUUCCGGCGGUGCCCAUCACAGAUCUGUCGGACCCGGCACGCUACCGCACUCUGCCCCGCAGGAGUCACCUCUACCUGGGCGAGACGGUCCGCUUCCUCCUGGUGUUGCGCUGCAGGGAUGGUGGGGCGACGCCAACCGAGAACGGCCCCGCAGGGGGUGCUGAUGGCACUACACCAGGCUUUGGCACAGAAUCCGCCAGCAGCCGGGCGUGGAGGGAGCUGGCCGGCUCUCUGUGUGCCAUGGCCAGCGUGAGUCCAGGUGAGAGUAGCCGGCAUAGAGGCAACCAUCACCAGCAUCACCACGACUACCAGAGCAGCGGGGACGAAGCCAACGAGGAUGGUGAGGAGGACUACAUUGCUGCAGCGGAGGCAGCCAUUGCAGCGCUCGGCAGCAGGGUGGACUCCCGGUGUCGGAGCUUCAGGGACUGCAAACCGCUGCUCAUUCACAACUCAUCUGGGACAGCGGCGAGGGAGUUCCGCAGGGCACCUGUACAGUCUCCUCUGGACGAGCCUGUGGUUUUGACAGAUGAAGUGAUCUUCCCCCUCACCGUCUCCCUGGACAAACUUCCCGUCAGCACCCUAAAAGUCAAAGUGAUGGUCACAGUAUGGAAGAGGGAGGCGGAAAAAGCAGAGGUACAGGAACUUGGUUACUUGAGCGUCCUACAGCAACGAGAACCAACACACACCUUCAGACACGACCUGAACACCUUCAAGGCUCAGGUGAGCACCACUCUGACGGUCCUGCCACCUCCUACUGUCCGCUGUAAGCAGAUGACUGUGUCUGGGAGGCACCUCGCUGUACUCAAAGUGUUCAAUGAGUCUUCUCAGGAGGAGGUUAGUAUUCGGGAUGUUCGGAUUUUACCAAACCUCAAUGCCUCCUAUCUUCCCAUGAUGCCAGAUGGCUCUGUGCUGCUAGUGGACAAUGUAUGCCAUCAGUCAGGUGAGGUUGGCAUGGCAUCUUUCUGCAGGGUGGACAGCUUGGCUGGCCGCCUUCCCAGCAUGCUUAGCGCUUUGGAGGAACAUGACUUCCUGUUCCAGUUGCACCUUAAUGACAUGCCACAAGAUGACUCCAACGAGGGGUUGGAGGUCCCUCUGGUCGCUGUGCUGCAGUGGUCAACUCCCAAGAUGCCUUUCACUAACUGUAUCUACACACAUUACAGGUUGCCCAGUAUCCGUCUGGACCGGCCACGGUUCGUCAUGACGGCCAGCUGUCCGAGCACUGUCAAGGUAAAGGAACACUUCAAGGUCAAAUAUGUUCUGCUCAACAACCUGCAGGACUUCCUGGCCGUUCGGCUCGUCUGGACUCCGGAAGGUCGUGGUCAAAGCGAAGAUACAACGCUGGCUGCUGUGGUCUGUCACACUCCUCUCAGUAACCUCGGGCACUGUCGAAAAGGAAGCACUCUGUCCUUCAGCGUGGCCUUCCAGAUCCUCAAACCAGGACUAUAUGAGCUGAGUCAGCACAUGAAGUUGAAGCUUCAGUUCACAGCGUCGGUCUCCAACCCUCCACCUGAUGCUCGGCCACUGUCACGUAAAAACAGCCCGUCCAGCCCGGCGGUUCGAGACCUGCUGGACCGGCACCAAGCGAGUCUGGGUCGAUCUCAGUCCUUCUCCCACCAGCAGCCAUCUCGAUCCCACAUCAUGAGGACGGGCAGUGCCAUGGAGCGGCGGGCCAUCACUCCUCCUGUUGGCUCUCCGGUUGGUCGCCCGCUUUACCUGCCACCACAGGACAAAACGCUGCUGUCGCUGGACAAGAUCGCCAAGAGGGAGUGUAAAGUCCUGGUGGUGGAUCCUGUCAGCUAGAAGGAAGGAAGGAGGAGAUGAAAGAACACAGGGAGGAGAGGCUUUUAUUUUUUAAUUUGAAAAACAAAUCAACAAACAAAACAAAAACAAAACAUAGAAACAUAAACUGAAAUGUAACAGCGUAAACUCACCGAUGAAGGACUGCAGCUUCUCUUUAUAUUUAAAUUUUCUUAACCUGCUGACUCGUGCUUUUGUGGAAAAGACACUUAAACUUGAAACAGGAACACAAAGACAAGAAACUUUCUUCUGGUAAAGAAAGCGACUGGAACACAACAUUGUGAUGUAUUAUCAUGUUUCUAUAAUAUUUAAAGGGACACUUGAGGUGUGACAGAGACACGCAGAAAGAAGUUGCUGAAUUCACCUUUUAUUUCAGUGUUAUCAGUCUGUCUGUUCAUAAUCAGUAUCAACAGGUUUCAACAUUUCAUUGACAUGUUUAAUGUAAUCGAUGGCAUGUGUUAAUACAAUUGAAUGUCUCCUAUAACAACUGAUCACAGUUUUCUGUUUCUUUCCUCAACAUGAACUGUUUACAUCAGAUGUGUUUUCUGAAUACUUCAGAAAUGUGUAGUAUCUUUAGUUGUGUAACUUUACAACCUGUCUGUUUGUUUGUUUGUCUGUCUUGGUCACAUCUCGACAACCACCGAAGGGAUUGUGACGAGACGAUUCAGACCUUCACGUUCCCCUCAACGUUUUAAUUUGCCAAAAACCUGCAAAUCGAAAUCAACUAACGUUUCCAUUGGCCUCAGCUUUACUUUGUGUUUAAUGCCAAUUAGCCAGUGCUAACAUGCCAAACACAUGGACUGUAUAUAAAGAUGGACAACGUGUCUCCACUUUCUCCCACCGUACAAAAUUAAGCCAAAUAUUUCGUAUACGGCCGCUGCCUUCUUGUUCUGGUAGCGUCAUUUGGAGCCAGAAGUGGACAGUAGUGAUUGGGGGUGGAGUAUCAAGUCCUGACCAUGCAAACAACCAUCAGUCGUGAUGUGAAACCCCCUUUUUAUACUAUUUUUUUUUUUAAACAACAACUUGAACAAACAUAAGUAUUAUGGGAAACACCUAAAAUGACAGAAACCAUCUUUUUUGUUUUGUUUGUCCCAUCUGCUAACAUAAUUGGGCGGGGUAUAUAACCAGCUACCAGGGGGUGGAGCUGUCAUGUUUCUCCAUCUUUACAUACAGUCAACGGUUAAAGUAGGAUGGUGAUCAUUGUAUAAACAUUACACCCGCUAAACAUCAACAUGUUAGCCUGCUCACAGAGCUGCUUGCAUGACUACAGUUGCUCGUUGCAAAAGUGGCAUCAUGCUUACUAAUAACAGCUUCAUACUGUAGGUCUCAAUGUGGAGUAAUAAGUGCUGUUAAAGUUUGAAUGACGUUUGGCUUGGUGACCUGUACUGCGACAGCUAGCUGUUAGCUGUUUGAGAUGAUGGUAGCCUCACAGAUGACAGACACAUUCAUGGACAUGAGUUGACUAUUUUUGUCAUUUUACUGCAGUUUCAGUACCGCUGCUGUAUUAUUAAUGUUUUCAUCUUAGACAGGCGUGCCUUCAGAAUGCAAAGUAACAACAAACGCACAUACUGCAUGUAAAUGUAUUUAAAUCAAACAAUAAUAAAUGUAACGCUCUGUAGUUUGAAGCAUGUGA